GGUGGGGACACUCUGGCCCGGCUCUCGGUGGUGCGGGAGCGGGAGGGAGCAGCGGCCGCUCUGGUCGGCGGACGUGCUGCCGAGCAGUCCCGGAAGCGAAGCAGCGAUGGCGGAGAGUCCAACUGAGGAGGCGGCGACGGCGACGGCGGGCGCCGGGGCGGCAGGCCCCGGGGCGAGCGGCGUCGCCGGUGUCGUUGGCGUUAGCGGCAGCGGGUUCGGGCCGCCUUUCCUGCCGGAUGUGUGGGCGGCGGCGGCGGCGGCGGGCGGGGCCGGGGGGCCGGGGAGCGGCCUGGCUCCGCUGCCCGGGCUCCCGCCCUCGGCCGCUGCCCACGGGGCCGCGCUGCUUAGCCACUGGGACCCCACACUCAGCUCCGACUGGGACGGCGAGCGAACCGCGCCGCAGUGUCUACUUCGGAUCAAGCGGGAUAUCAUGUCCAUUUAUAAGGAGCCUCCUCCAGGAAUGUUCGUUGUUCCUGAUACUGUUGACAUGACUAAGAUUCAUGCAUUGAUCACAGGCCCAUUUGACACUCCUUAUGAAGGGGGUUUCUUCCUGUUCGUGUUUCGGUGUCCGCCCGACUAUCCCAUCCACCCGCCUCGGGUCAAACUGAUGACAACGGGCAAUAACACAGUGAGGUUUAACCCCAACUUCUACCGCAAUGGGAAAGUCUGCUUGAGUAUUCUAGGUACGUGGACCGGCCCUGCCUGGAGCCCAGCCCAGAGCAUCUCUUCCGUGCUCAUCUCCAUCCAGUCCCUAAUGACUGAGAACCCCUAUCACAAUGAGCCUGGCUUUGAGCAGGAGAGACAUCCUGGAGACAGCAAAAAUUACAACGAAUGUAUUCGGCACGAGACCAUCAGAGUGGCGGUCUGUGACAUGAUGGAAGGAAAGUGUCCCUGCCCCGAGCCUUUACGCGGGGUGAUGGAGAAGUCCUUCCUGGAGUAUUACGACUUCUAUGAGGUGGCUUGCAAAGACCGCCUGCACCUUCAAGGCCAGACGAUGCAGGACCCUUUUGGAGAGAAGCGUGGCCACUUUGACUACCAGUCCCUAUUGAUGCGCCUGGGACUGAUUCGUCAGAAAGUGCUGGAGAGGCUGCAUAACGAGAACGCCGAAAUGGACUCUGAUAGCAGUUCGUCUGGGACAGAGACAGACCUGCAUGGGAGCCUGAGGGUUUAGACCCUGCUCCCCUCGCCCCUCCCCCCACUCGAGAGUCCCAGCAAAGUCCCUCCCCCACCCACCCCAGGGACGGAGAGGCACUGUGUACCUCCCUCCAAACGUGACGUCAUCCUGCAAGAUGGCAAAGGCCAAGCGAGCUCGGGUCCCAGGCUGUGGGAGUGGGGAGGCCGUUCCCCAUCUGACCUCCCCGGCUCUCGAGCGCCCGGGGCUGUGUUCGUCCCAUAGCGGGGCCCCAGGGCCCUGUGCAGGAGCACCCCGGCCGAGGGCCUCUGGCACAACCGCGACAACUGACACACCUCUCUGCGGGGCCGGCUCCUUAGGCGUAGGUGGGAGACAGAGCUGAGAUUCCAAGAGGGAGUGUGCGCAGCCGAUCUGUGGGGAUACCCGGAAGAGAGCUGGGGGGGAGGGGGCUGUCUGUGACACUUGAGCAAUCUGGGUGGUUGUCUGUCUGUCUGUCUGUCUGCAGUCUUGAACGCAGGGCUUCCCGACGCCCUUUUCCUCCCCGCCUCUCUUCAUUAGUUCCCAUGGGCUGGCAUAAUUUUGUCUCUCCUAAUUUAUAGUCACUGUUCUAGACAGACCAAAGAGCAGGAACAGUGGUGGAGUCUAGGCUGCUGAUCAGUAAGCUUUACCUAGCACCUGAGCACCUUUCUCCCCUGCCCCCCGGCCCCUCCCCGGUCCCCAGAGGUAAACGUGACUGGGACUGAACCAAGGUCUCGGCCGAAGCCCACGCAGGCACCCCGAGAAGCCGAUUUUGUCCCCACAAUCACUGGUUUGAAAAGUUCCCAGACACGGCCGGCUGCUGUGCGCACGGCAUUAGAGCCACUACAUAGAAUAGUUUCUUACAGGUUUUCGGAAACGCUCGCCGCGAUGAGGGUACUUCUCCUGAGGGCGGGGUGCAGCGGGGGGGCGCGCGCCAACCCUGUUGGGUCCUGGUGUGUUUUCACCCCCGCCUCUGCCUCCCCUCCCGCCCCCUGCCUCAACUUCAAUGCCCAGGAACUCGUGGGGAGCAAGGUAGCCAACGGCACAGGGGGCUGGGACUCUGGGCUCCUCUCCUCCCCUCUCCCCUGCCCCCUCCCCCCACCCCAGCUGCUCUGUCACUAGCUCUGAUGGGUAUCUGCCUGGCCGUGUCGCUUCUCUCUCCGUAUCUAGCUGCAGCAAUCCUUUAGCUGGUUGGCUCGGAAACACGUGCUGUAGGUGCCCUGUGGUACUGGGCGUUGAGGGAAUCCAGCUUUCCCGUUUUUGGCGUGUUCUCCCCGUGUUUUCCAGAUUCUUCCUGUUAUGGCUCCCGGUGGGGCGUUGGUGACCCAUGUGACGCAGGGCCUCAGUCAGUACCCAGCCACGCGAGAGGGAGAGGCGAGAGGGAGAGGGGCACUUGUACCUGCCCCGCCCACCGCCAUGGAGGCCUCCUCCUGGGGAGGGGAGAUGUCGUGGGACUUCCCGGUGGGGGGGGCGGGGCAGAGGAGUUGGGCACCAAGGAGAACGACCCACUUGGGAGAGCAGGAAGCAAAGAAGCUGGACAGGAAGUGGGCCUGGGGAACGGAAGUUGAUCUGGGAUGCCUAAGGCAGAGUCUUCGACUCAAACAGGGUCCCUGCUUCCAACUUCCUCUUCCAUUCCCAGAGCUAGCACAGGGCUUAGAAGGAUGCCCUUGGUCUGUCGGUCCAGUGGUUGUCUGUCAUCCAUUUAAGUGUUCCCACUUUCAAGUGACAAUCCUCUCCUUGGCCCUGCCGCAGGCAGACCAUGUCUGGCGGACCGGCCUGACUUUUACGCCCUAAUCUUGAGUUGAGGAAAUAUAUGCACAGGAGUCCAAGAGAUGUCUUUAUAUCUGACUGUACAUAAAUGAAGUUUUUUUUUUCUUUUUGGUGCAAUAAAGUUUGUUUUGGCAGAA